GCAUACUUCGAAACAACCCCGUUGCGGACAGUUCCUCGUCGCACGCGACCCCAUGUCGAUAAGAGGUCGUUCCGUAUGUGUGCGGCCAGCACACACGCCCUCCUCGUGUUCCUGAUCGGUGGGUCGGCACGUCUUUCCGUCCCAAAAGCGAACGAGAAAUCAGCGACCACCGAAGGAAAUCAGCAAACGCAGUAGUCAGAAUUUUUUAAGGAAAAAACAAUCUUUAUUUGUGGCGCGAUAAGUAUAGAAGAUUAAGCAACGAACAAAAUGGAGAACGCGAAGGAGGAGACGAUAAACAUGCAGCUGAUCGGUUCCGAAAGUCCGUACAAAGUUAAUAAUGAAAUCGCCGGAAGUGGUCUAAAUGCAUCGGAAGUCCCAAUAUCGCAGACCACAAACGUAGAAGACUACGAUCCCCACAAACAUCGAAAUAGGCCAAAUCCGACAUCGAACGCAGAGACUUUGAUACAUUUGUUGAAAGGAAGUUUGGGUACCGGUAUUCUAGCGAUGCCGAACGCGUUCCGCAACAGUGGCCUGGUCACCGGUGUGAUAGCAACAGUGAUCAUAGGGGUGCUGUGCACCUAUUGUUUGCACGUAUUAGUGAAAGCUCAGUACAAACUGUGUAAACGGUUAAGAGUUCCUAUAUUGAGUUAUCCACUGAGCAUGAAAUACGCUCUCGAGGAAGGGCCUGGGUGUGUCCGAUGGUUCGCACCCUAUGCACCAGGACUCGUAGACGGGUUCAUGAUUGUGUAUCAAUUGGGAAUAUGCUGCGUUUAUAUCGUAUUUGUAGCGUCGAAUAUCAAACAGGUAGCAGACCAGUAUUGGGAACCACUGGACGUUGAGAUCCACAUGCUGAUCUUAUUGGUACCAUUGAUUCUGAUCAAUUACAUUAGGAACCUCAAGUUACUCGCGCCAUUCUCCACCCUCGCGAAUGUAAUCACAUUUGUCGGAUUGACGAUGAUUCUAGUUUACAUGUUUAAGGAUCUACCCUCCCUUAAGGAAAGAGAGAUGUUCGGCACACUGAGAAAUUUCUCUCUCUAUUUCGGUACAACGUUAUUCGCGUUGGAGGCCGUUGGCGUGAUUAUCGCAUUGGAGAACAAUAUGAAAACGCCACAAUAUUUUGGAGGAUACUGUGGCGUAUUGAACAUAGGAAUGACAGUUAUAGUGACUCUUUACAUUGUCAUGGGAUUCUUUGGUUACAUAAAAUAUGGAUCCGAUGUUGAGGGUAGCGUUACUUUUAAUUUACCCUCCAAAGAAAUUAUGGCACAAAGUAUCAAAAUAAUGUUCGCAAUCGCUAUUUUUAUUACGCAUGCUCUUCAAGGAUAUGUUCCAGUCGAUAUUAUUUGGAAUACUUAUCUGGAUCAAAAGAUACAGAAGAGGAAAAUCUUCUGGGAGUAUGUUUGUCGAACUAUCAUCACUUUGAGCACGUUUACAUUGGCCAUCACCGUUCCCAGACUGGGUCUCUUCAUCUCUCUAUUCGGCGCCCUCUGCCUCUCCGCUCUUGGCAUCGCGUUUCCAGCGAUCAUCGAGAUCUGCGUCCUCUGGCCAGACCGUGACUUGGGUCCCUGCAUGAUCAUGCUUGUAAAAAAUCUUUUGUUAAUCGUAUUCGGUCUCCUAGGUCUUGUGGUCGGCACAUACGUGAGCAUGGUCGACAUAAUAAACUUCAAGUGAGGCUUUCGAUCGAUGUCAAUUCAAGAACGAUCGAAGGAAGGCAGACAGAUGGGGAUGAGAGGAGAGCAGAAGGGUUAAAUGAAAAAAAAAAACCAGUUUGGACACGCUUGUUCGAGUAUCGAGGACGAGGCUUCGUCACAGUUUUAUAGCUUAAUGAGCGGCGCCUUUUUAGGUAGUCAGGUACCUCCAAAGCGGCUGGAAGUCUUUCUUUUAGUGGAAAAUCGCGAGAGUGCAUUCUGGAAAUGCUUCUCUUAGUGCACGUAGGCCGAGUUUAGAUGUUUUAUUAAGAUGGAGAGUCGUGCAGUGUUGGAUAAAAGAAACACGAUUAAUGGAGAAUUUUAAUUGCUUGGAGUUUGAUUUUGCAGAGUGUUGGAUAAAUUUAUUAAUUUAAUCGUUGCUGUUUGUUCCUUGAUAGUGACUAAUUAGACUGUUAAAAUAAUAGCGUUUUAUAAAAAAAAA